AAAGAAAAUAGUUAUUAUAUAUGUAUGUGGAGUAUCAAAGUGCUCAUAAUCUCAAUCAUUAAAUACAUUGUGUACCUGGAACCGUGUAGCCAUAGGAUACAACAAUUGAGCUCCUAGUUGUAUUGUUAAAGCUUAACAACUUGAUAGUGAGAAUAUGCAAGAUGUGGUACAUAAUCUAAGUCAAUUAGAGGGAUGCCUUCAGCAAUGAUUAUGGAAGAUUUUGGUCUGUGUUUUGGAGAUUGAAUGAAAGUUGAACUUGUUUCUAUUUCUAUAUCUCCCAUGAUUGUUUGAUCCUGUGAUGUUGGAGACAGAAUGUUUAAUCUGAUGCAAGUGCAAGUACAAUUCAAGAUUGAGAAUUAUAUCCAAAAUAAUAUAAAUUCAAGACUAUGAAACAUCAUGUACUUACACCAUAAAAAGGGGAGAUCGAGUAAAAUGAACCAGGACGGGAUUCAAUUCAGGAUUCUGUUUUUCUUAUGUAUUUGGAUGUUUGUGCUCUGUUUAGAAUGUUAUAUAUGGUGUAAUUCCUAUGUCUCUAAUAUAGUAUUAUGAUGUGCAGCAAUUUUUUGUUUUUAAUCAUGACACAUUUGAUGGAAAUACGUGAAAGGAAGAAAAAAAUUAUAGCAAUGUUUAUGAUAUAUAUGGAGAUGUUGAAUUACUUUAUGUUGAUGACAAUUGUGUUAUGCUACCUUGAGUUAAGUAAGCGUUCAAAAAAGCGAAAAAGGUCAUGGGAUUUUUAUGAAAGAAGUUUAAUUAGAGAAGUCCAUUUUCGUAGAAUUAUUUACAUAAGUGAUUUGGCUUGCAUUGAAAAUACAAGGAUGGAUAGAGCUGCUUUCCAUAAACUAUGUGACAUGUUGCAAAUUAUUGGUGGAUUGCUUCCUACUCGACACAUGUGUGUGGAGGAGUUGGUGGCCAUGUUUUUACAUAUAUUGGCACAUCAUGUUAAGAAUAGAUUGAUUAGAAGACAAUUUGUUAGGUCAGGUGAAACGAUUAGUAGGCAUUUCAGUAAUGUAUUAUUGGCAGUUUUGAAGUGUCAUAAAGAAUUGUUAAAACAACCUAAACCAAUUUUGGAGGGCAACACAGACGAACGAUGGAAAUACUUUAAAAAUUGUUUAGGAGCUCUUGAUGGCACUUACAUCAAGGUCAAUGUGCCGGAAGCUGACAAAAGUAGAUAUAGAACAAGGAAGGGUGAGAUAGCUACAAAUGUGUUAGGUGUAUGCUCACCAGAUUUACAAUUCAUUUAUGUUUUACCUGGUUGGGAGGGAUCAGCUGCUGACUCUAGAGUCCUUAGAGAUGCUAUUUCUCGACCAAAUGGUUUAAAGGUUCCUCAAGGGUAUUAUUAUUUAUGUGAUGCUGGAUACAUGAAUGGAGAAGGAUUUCUUACUCCUUAUAGAGGUCAAAGGUAUCACCUUAGUGAGUGGAGGAAUGGAUUACAACCAUCUACCCCUAAAGAAUUUUUCAAUAUGAAACAUUCUUCAGCUAGGAAUGUAAUAGAAAGAUGUUUUGGACUUUUGAAAGGACGUUGGGCUAUAUUGAGAGAGAAAUCAUUUUAUCCUGUAAAAACUCAAGGAAGAAUAAUAGCAGCUUGUUGUCUUCUACAUAAUCAUAUUCGCAAGGAAAUGACAUUGGAUCCUUUGGAAUUGAAUUUAGGAGAUGAUGAGUUCUCUGAUGAAGUCAUGUCCGGUGACAUGAUAACUACGGUGGAGCCAAGUACGACAUGGAGUCAAUGGAGAGAUAGUUUUUCAUUAGAUAUAUUUAAUAGGUGGAGAGGUGGAAAUCAUUGAAAAUUUUCAUGUUUUUUAUUUGACAUUUCAAUUUGAUUGUAAUUUUUAUUUUCAGUGUACUGUUGACUUUGAUUUAAAAGUUUUAUUAAUCAAAUCUGUUUCUUUUUAUGA